UCCCUCUUUCUACAAUUUCAGAAUUUGUGUUUUUUAAUCUAAUGGAGAUGACGAGAUCUAACCUAGUUCUAGGUCUAAACCUAGGUCUUCAUCUAGGUGUAUCUCAGGCAAGACUGCCCAAGUAGAGAUAGUCUACCUUUACCAAUACUUUCUCUUAGAGCUAUCAUAUCCACGUUGUCUCAGGUUAUGGCAGACAAUGUUGAUGAGAUGGAACAAAAUUUAUUUGGUUCUCCUGGAAUUGAAGCAAGUGAUCUUGUGAGUUUACUGUGCAGGUUUGAAGAAGCUACAAAACCUGUCCCAGAAUUAAUCACACCUGUGUUAACUAUUGGUAGGUCAGAGACUAAUACAAGGAAAAAUGACCUUAACUCUACUUUGAAUUCAACAUUGUGUGUAAACCAGAAAGAAAACUCUAAUACAUUGCAAACAUCUGAAUGUGAAACAACCUAUCUCAUAAAUUCUAAUACAAAUAAAUCAUCAACAAUUGUCAACAAUAAAAGUAUUUCCAAGUUUCCCAUGUUGUGUGUGCAGAAGGAUUUGCUGUUAGGUAAUCAGCCUUCUGAAGGUCCACAAUAUUUGUUGGCCUAUAAUAGUAAUCGGCUUGUUGCUCAAUCUGUUCAUCAAACACACAUUGGAAUGAAAAGUAAAAUUGAUUCUAGGAUAAAUAGUGGCUUAGAGGAGAAAACAUUUGCAAAUAGUAAUUGUUUUCCUUCAGAGAAAUGUCACCAGUUCCUUGACAAAGGUUCUGUAGAUCAUAAUUACUGUUUUGCAGAACUUCUUAGUCGAGAAAAUAAAGCUGUGGUGCCAAAGCCUGUCAGCCUACAAAGUCCAACAGAGUCUUUUUCUCUUGUAUCCAACACAUCUAUUGAAAACACUGAAACAACUGUUGAAGAGGGUCAAGUAUUCAUAGAUAACAAUGGUAAUGAUCUUCAAUUGGAAUCAACUCAACCUUCAGGUCAUUUAGAAACUGCAGAUGUUUAUAAACAAAAGCAGCAUGUAAAGAGGAAAAGAAUUAAUGGAAACAGCAAAAGACUGAAACUUGAUCCUAGCCAUAGUUGUGAUCAGGAAGAUGAUAGUAUGUAUUUUGACAAAAUUCCUUCCUUCUUGACUGCUUUGUCAAUACCAACCAAGUCAAUAAAAACAAGUGUAUUUGAAAGUGCUUCUACUUCCAUUGGACUAGCUGAUCAUAUUGAUUUUGUUGAAAAAGAGGAGCCUCUUGAUGAGCAUCAUUUCACUAAGGUGCCUGCUCAUCGAACUUGUUUUACAAACACAGUCAAGGAAGUAAAUAUACAGGAGAGUGGGAAUUGUUCUAAUGAAAAUAAUUCUUGUCCAAAUGAAGAGAAUAUCUUAAGAUAUUUAAAUCACUCUCCUUCACCAUUAGAGUCAGUUGAGAGGUGUUUGCUGUCACCAGCUAGAUUAUCUAGGUCACAUACAAGAGGUUCUUUCCGUUCAAACUCCUUAUCUUCUGAUUGUUCUUCCUGUUCAACCUGCAGCAGCAGGUCUUAUUGCUCAACUUGCGACAACUCAAGGUCAAGAUCCAGAUCAUUUAGCUCUUGCAGCAGUGACAGUAGAUCAAGGUCUAGAUCUCCAUCAUCAAGGAACUCUAGAAAGCGUCAACUAUCAAGAUGUAGAUACUCUCCCUUCCAUGACAAACAUGGCAGAAGUAGAAGCUCUGUUAGAAAAGAAAGGUUAAGGUCCCAUUCACCCAAUCAAGCUACAAUAGAGAGGAGAAAAGAAAAAGAAAGGGAAAGAGAGAAAGCCAUGGAGGAACGCCGUGUUGUGUAUGUUGGCAAAAUACCCAAUGAUUAUACUAAACGGCAGUUGCAUCAGAGAUUUCAGUGUUUUGGUGAAAUAAAAGAAGUCAAGUUAAAUUUUCGGGAGCAUGGAGAUAACUAUGGCUUUGUGACAUUUGCAUAUGCAUGUGAUGCUAUAGCUGCAAAAGAAAGAGGCAAUAGCACUGCAGAUCCUCUUAAGUUUGACUUAUGUUUUGGAGGCAGGAGACGUUUCUGUGCUGAUCAGUAUGCUGAUUUAGAUGGCAACCAAGAAAUAGAAGAAGAGUAUGCUCCAAUGCCCAAGAAAAAAAAUGGUGAGCUUGAUUAUGGUGACUUACUUCGUCUGCAUUCUAGCAGACAACUAAAGAAAUAUUCUUAAUGCAAGCCUUGGUAUUAGAGUUCAUGUUUGAUCAAUUCUUGUUUCUUCUAAGAAGUGUUUCUGUUAAUGUCAAAUUGCUCAGCUUACUAAGAGUUUUUUUUUUCUUUUCUAAGACCAGUAUUUUUUAUACAUUGUAGAAUUUCAAUUAAUUUAUGUAUCAUACUUUUGUAUUAGUUUUUUUAAUUGUUUUUAAAUUGCUUAAUAAAGAAUUCAAUUGACAAAA